AGUGAAAUUUUCUUCAAAGCGGAUCAUAAAGAACAUAGCGCGGCAGUAGUUGUAAACCCAGAACGUUGUCACAAUGAUAGUUUUCAUAUUAAGUACAAUAUGUGUUAUCCUUCUGUUGUUGUAUUUAUUCCUGGUGUGGUCAUUUGAUUAUUGGAAGAAACGUGGAGUUAGUGGACCCAAACCAUGGCCCUUUGUGGGCAACUAUCCUAGCUUGGCUACGCAAAAACGGAAUAUGGCAUGUGAUAUUCAGGAUAUUUACGAAUCAUAUAAACACUCGGAAAACUUUGUGGGCAUUUUUAAUGGUGGCACCCCUCAGUUGUUAUUAACUGAUAUUGACAUAAUCAAAAGGGUAUUGAUUACGGAUUUUAAAAAUUUCCACGACAACGAUAUAUCGAAGUAUGUUGAUGUAAGUUCAGAUAAAAUAUUUGGCAGCAAUCCAUUUAUUUUAACUGGCGAGGAGUGGAAAGAGCGAAGAGCUGAAGUAACUCCUGGUCUAACUACAAACAGAAUUAAGACCGUUUAUCCGGUUACAAACAGAGUUUGCAAGACCAUGGUUGAUUACAUCGAAAAGCAAGCCAAGAUGGGAGGCAAAGAUGGAGUCGAUGGCAAAGAUCUUUGCUUACGUUUCACUUGUGAAGUGGUUACUGAUUGUGUUUUGGGCCUAAAUGCGGAAACCUUUACAGAUAAGCCAAGCAUUAUUUUGGCCAUGACCAACAAACUCUUUCAGCAAUCGUAUAUAAUUAUUAUUUAUAUGGUGUUAGCAGGUAUAUUUCCAUCUAUUCACAAAAUCAAGAAACUGCGUUUUGUGCCGAAGAAUGUGGAGACAUUUUUUUUCGAGUUGUUACAAACCGCAUUGUCCAUGAGAAGAGCACAAAAAAAACAGGGUCUGAAUGAAGAACGUGUAGAUUUUGUGAAUUACAUGCUGCAUCUGCAGGAAAAGAAAAACCUACAAAUACCUGAAUUGACUGCCCAUACGAUGACAUUUCUAUUGGAUGGAUUUGAAACAACUUCUAUGGUUCUGAGCCAUUGUCUACUCCUGUUGGGACGCGAUUCCAGUCGUCAAGAGAUGUUACGCACGGAAAUCGUUGAAAAAUUGGGUAACUCAAAUGACUUCGACGCCUUAGGGGAGUUGCCGUAUUUGGAUGCCUGCGUUCAUGAAAGCCUUCGAAUAUUUUCUCCCGCUGGUUUUCUUACCAAAAUGUGUACGGUGUCCACAAACUUGGAGAAUAAAAAUGGAAAAAUUUUGAAUGUAGCUGUUGGAACACCCAUUAUUAUACCCGUUCAAGCCAUUAUGAUGGAUGAGCGCUAUUAUAAGAAUCCAAAUAGCUUUGAGCCUGAACGUUUCCUUAAUGGAGGCCUUAAGAAUUAUAAAGAUCGUGGAGUGUUUUUGGGAUUUGGCGAUGGACCACGCAUCUGCCUAGGAAUGCGUUUCGCCUUAACUCAAAUCAAAGCGGCCCUUGCGGAAAUUAUAAGACAUUAUAAGGUCCGCAUCAAUCCGCGGACGCGCAGUGAUAACAAAUACGAUCCGACUUAUUUUAUGUUACGGCUUGAUGGUGGCGUUUGGUUGGAAUUCGAUAAAUUGAACUAAAUGCGAAAGGUCCCAAUUGCAAAUAAUGGGGGUUAAUUCUAAUUUGGCAAUGAAAUACACAAUCACUGAUGUAAUCUCCCUUUUAAUAUUUUUUUAAAUAAAAAGCUCAACAAUUGCAAUUUUA